AAGUCCAAGCUCAUUAUCAAAAGCCCCCACUAGGUACGUUUCCCAUUAGUGUUUGUUCUCCAACACUGAUUACCCUGGCUACUUCCUCCCCUCCAAGUUCAUGUGAAUGAAUGCACUGCUCUCUGUUCCAAUUUGAAUCCAUUUGAUAAGAGAGAGAGAGUAGAGUUUCCCAUAGUGUUUGCUCUCUUCAUUUGCAAGGUUUUGUGUGAAAAUGGAUGGUUCGGAUCAUUUGGUGCAUGAGAGGAGCAAGGCACAGUUUGAUGUGGAGAAGAUGAAGAUCGUCUGGGCGGGUUCUCACUACGCCUUUCAAGUCUCCAAUCGAAUUGCUCGCCUUGUGGCUGGUGAUCCGGCCUUUAGAAAGGAGAAUAGAGCUGUUCUAAGUAGGAAGGACUUGUUUAAGAACACUCUGAGAAAAGCAGCUCAUGCCUGGAAAAGGAUCACUGAGCUUGGACUCUCUGAAGAAGAGGCCUCAUGGUUAAGGUUUUAUGUUGAUGAACUAUCUUAUGCUUACGUUCACUGGGGAAUGUUUGUGCCUGCUAUUAAAGGCUCAGGUACUGAGGAGCAGCAAAACAAGUGGUUGCCUUUGGCAACUAAUAUGCAAAUUAUUGGUACAUAUGCGCAGACUGAACUUGGGCAUGGCUCGAAUGUUCGAGGGCUUGAGACCACCGCAAAUUUUGAUCCUAAGACUGAUGAGUUCAUCAUCCACAGUCCUACGCUGACCUCAAGCAAAUGGUGGCCUGGUGGACUGGGAAAGAUUGCAACACAUGCUGUUGUCUAUGCCAGGCUUAUUACUGAUGGGCAAGACCAUGGUGUGCAUGGUUUCAUUGUCCAACUACGGAGCUUGGAUGAUCACUUGCCUCUUCCAGGCAUAACAGUUGGUGAUAUCGGGAUGAAAUUUGGAAGUGGAGCUUUCAAUUCCAUGGACAAUGGUUUUGUAAGAUUUGAUCAUGUCCACAUACCAAGGAGUCAAAUGCUGAUGAGGGUGUCACAGGUUACAAGAGAAGGUAAAUAUGUACACUCCAAUGUUCCCAGGCAGCUAGUUUAUGGAGCUAUGGUUUAUGUGAGACAAAUAAUUGUAGUUGAUGCUUCCAUUGCCUUAUCAAGAGCAGUAUGUAUAGCUGCUAGAUAUAGCGCUGUUCGUCGACAAUUUGGUUCACAGAAUCAUGAGAUCAGUGCAACUGGUGUUGAGACACAUGAGAUCAGUGGAACUGGUGUUGAGACACAGGUGAUUGAUUACAAGACUCAGCAAAGUAGACUUUUUCCUUUGUUGGCUUCUGCCUAUGCUUUCAGAUUUAUUGGUGAGUGGUUGAAAUGGCUAUAUACUGAUUUGACACAAAAACUGGAAGCAAAUGAUUUCUCCACAUUGCCUGAGGCUCAUGCCUGCACUGCUGGCUUGAAGUCCUUGACCACUUCUGCAGCUGCUGAUGGCAUCGAAGAAUGCCGAAAACUAUGCGGUGGGCAUGGCUACCUAUCAAGCAGUGGCCUUCCCGAGUUAUACGCUGUUUUUGCCCCUGCAUGUACAUAUGAAGGAGACAACAUUGUUCUGCUUUUACAGGUUGCAAGGUUCCUCAUGAAGACUAUUUCCAAACUGCCCUCUGGUCGAAAUUACAAGCUUUCUGGAACAACAGCUUACAUGGGUCAUAUGGAACAUUAUUUGAUCAAAUAUAGCUGCAAUGUUCAAAAAGCUGAGGAUUGGUUAAAACCCAAUACAAUACUUGAGGCAUUUGAAGCAAGGGCUAUUAGAAUGUGUUUUUCUUGUGCUCAAAACCUCACCAAGUUUGCAGAUCAAUCAGAGGGAUUUUCGGAACUCUCAACUGAUUUAGUUGAGGCUGCAAUUGGUCAUUGCCAACUAAUUGUUGUUUCCAAGUUCAUUGAGAAAUUGCAGCAGAACAUUGAAGGAAAUGGAGUGAAACAACAGCUGGAGACCCUCUGCUACAUAUAUGCUUUGCAUCUGAUUCAUAAAAAUUCAGGCGAUUUUCUCUCCACGGGUAGCUUAAACCCCAAGCAAGCUUCACUUGCCAAUGAUCAGCUUAGAUCUCUGUAUGCCAAGGUGCGUCCAAAUGUAAUUGCCCUUGUUGAUGCAUUUAAUUACAGUGACCACUUCCUUGGCUCAGUUCUUGGGUGCUAUGAUGGGAAUGUUUAUCCAAAGCUCUAUGAAGAGGCAUGUAAGGACCCUCUCAAUGACUCAGUUGUGGCUGAUGGCUAUAGUGAAUACAUCCAGCCUCUGCUGAACCAGCAACUCCUAAAUGCAAGGCUGUGAAUUAAGAUGGACAAUGGAGACAAACCCCACUAGCCUUCUGUUUUUCCUUUCCUUUUUCUCCUCUCAUCUCAAGUGUGUGUUUUUUUUAUUAUUAUUUAUUUUAAUAGCUUUUGGCAAUAAUUAACUUGUUUUUUCAUCUCCACAGCAACUUGCUUUUUGUUAUAAGGUGGAGUCUAAGAUAAGAUACAUAACAGAAAGACUAGAUGGGAUUGCAGAUCAA